UUGAAAAAAAUAAAUUAAUUAAUAAACAUAUAUUAUUGUUAAAUUAUGAUAAUUAAGAAGGAGUUGUUUAAGGGAUCGUAGUACCAGUUUCUGUUUCACUCUUUUCUAGGCCUUUCUUUUUAUUCAGAAACUACUUUUUCUUUAAAUUUUCAGUUCCUUAAAUCAUUCGGGAUGCCUCACGCCCAGAAGCUGUUGACCAAGAUGUGGCGCCCAUCCACUAGUGGUCUGAAAUUGAAAUGCCGCUCUUUCAACCAGCAAAACUUCACCCCUAAGAAUCCCGACGAUUCGCUCAAGCGCCCUGCUCAUUUCCAGUCCAUGCGGGAAUUCUUCAUGCAUCCGCUGACCUGGGACCGAAACAACGGCUACUUCAAUGUGGUGCUGGCCCUGAGCAUCUUCGGCUUCUGCUUCUUCAACUCGUGCGCUCCUUGCGAACAACAGAGGAGCGGCCUCGAGGAGCGCACCACCCGCCCGCAGUGAAUCCAGAUCGGAUUGGGCCCCA